GAAAUGUUAACACUGAUAACCUAAAAUGAAUAAAAUCAAGAACUGCAACAAUUAUGAUUCUUACACUCCACUCUUAAGAAUUUUCAGCACUUGUGAAAUGUUUUAUAUUGGCAAAGUGUUUUAUGUACACUGAUCAACAAUACCUGAUUAUACCUUCCAUGAUGAAGCCUCACAUGAUUCUCAAGACAUUUACAGGCUUGUAACUAGUGUGAACAGAGUCAUUGUAGAGACCAUGUAGAAGUUAUAAGCACUGCCUGCAUAUUUUGUGGAGCUUAUGAUGACCAUGAGCACCAUGUUUCAAAUUUCUCAAAAUGAAGUGCCUGAUAUUUGUCGGAAGUAGUUCUUCUAUUAAGAAAGUAUUUGUGACCAAGAACAAUGACAGCCGCAGAGAAUGUAUGUUAUACGUUGAUUAAUGUUCCAAUGGAUUCAGAACCACCAUCUGAAAUCAGCUUAAAAAAUGACCUAGAAAAAGGAGAUGUAAAGUCUAAGACAGAGGCCUUGAAGAAAGUAAUUAUCAUGAUCCUGAACGGUGAAAAACUACCUGGACUUCUGAUGACUAUUAUUCGUUUUGUACUGCCUCUUCAAGAUCAUACCAUCAAAAAACUGCUGUUAGUCUUUUGGGAGAUAGUUCCGAAGACCACUCCGGAUGGCAAACUGUUGCAAGAAAUGAUCCUUGUAUGUGAUGCCUAUAGAAAGGAUCUUCAGCACCCCAAUGAAUUUAUCCGGGGUUCUACUCUUCGUUUUCUUUGCAAGCUGAAAGAAGCAGAAUUACUGGAACCUUUGAUGCCAGCUAUUCGUGCAUGUUUAGAACAUCGUCACAGCUAUGUGCGCAGAAAUGCAGUCCUGGCAAUCUACACAAUUUACAGAAACUUUGAACAUCUUAUACCUGAUGCUCCUGAAUUGAUCCAUGAUUUCCUGGUGAAUGAGAAAGAUGCAAGCUGCAAAAGAAAUGCAUUUAUGAUGCUAAUUCAUGCAGAUCAGGAUCGAGCUUUGGAUUAUUUGAGUACCUGCAUUGACCAAGUCCAGACAUUUGGUGACAUUCUUCAGCUGGUUAUUGUUGAACUAAUUUACAAGGUCUGCCACGCUAAUCCAUCAGAAAGAGCUCGAUUUAUACGCUGUAUUUACAACUUAUUGCAAUCAUCUAGUCCUGCAGUAAAAUAUGAAGCAGCAGGAACACUAGUUACACUCUCCAGUGCACCAACAGCAAUCAAGGCAGCAGCUCAGUGUUACAUUGACUUGAUUAUUAAAGAGAGUGAUAACAAUGUGAAACUGAUUGUACUGGAUCGCUUGAUUGAGCUGAAAGAGCAUCCUGCUCAUGAACGAGUGUUACAAGAUCUGGUUAUGGACAUACUGAGAGUGCUGAGUACUCCAGAUUUAGAAGUGCGCAAGAAAACCCUUCAGUUAGCUCUGGAUCUUGUAUCUUCUAGAAAUGUGGAAGAGCUGGUGAUUGUUUUGAAGAAAGAAGUGAUUAAAACAAACAAUGUGACAGAGCAUGAAGAUACUGACAAAUACAGGCAGUUGCUUGUUCGGACACUGCAUUCCUGUAGCGUUCGGUUUCCAGAUAUGGCUGCAAAUGUUAUUCCUGUGUUGAUGGAGUUCCUAAGUGAUAAUAAUGAAGCUGCAGCUGCUGAUGUCUUGGAAUUUGUGCGUGAAGCAAUUCAGCGGUUUGAUAAUCUCAGACUACUUAUUGUUGAGAAGAUGCUGGAAGUCUUUCAUGCCAUUAAAACUGUCAAGAUUUACAGGGGAGCUUUGUGGAUCCUUGGAGAAUAUUGCAGCACAAAGGAAGAUAUACAAAGUGUAAUGACAGAAGUCCGCAGGUCGCUGGGAGAGAUCCCAAUAGUGGAAUCUGAAAUAAAGAAAGAAGCUGGUGAUCUGAAACCAGAAGAGGAGGUGACUGUGGGUCCAACCCAAAAAUUGGUGACGGAGAUGGGCACCUAUGCUACACAGAGUGCCCUCAGUAGUUCCCGACCUGCCAAAAAGGAAGAGGAUAGACCUCCAUUACGAGGAUUUUUGCUGGAUGGGGAUUUCUUUGUUGCUGCUUCCCUUGCCACAACUUUGACUAAGAUUGCUCUACGCUAUAUGGCUCUUGUUCAGGAAAAGAAGAAACAAAAUUCUUUUAUUGCUGAGGCUAUGUUGCUAAUGGCCACUAUUCUCCAUUUGGGUAAGUCCUCUCUUCCCAAGAAGCCAAUUACGGAUGAUGAUGUGGAUCGUAUCUCCCUAUGUCUGAAGGUUUUGUCAGAGUGUUCUCCUCUAAUGAAUGAUAUUUUCAACAAGGAGUGCAGACAGUCCCUUUCUCAUAUGCUGUCAGCUAAACUAGAAGAGGAGAAACUUUCUCAGAAGAAAGAGUCAGAGAAGAGGAAUGUGACAGUUCAGCCAGAUGACCCCAUUUCCUUCAUGCAGCUUACUGCUAAAAAUGAAAUGAACUCAAAGGAAGACCAAUUUCAGCUGAGCCUUCUGGCAGCAAUGGGGACCACGCAAAGAAAAGAAGCUGCUGAUCCCUUGGCAUCCAAACUCAACAAGGUUACUCAGUUGACAGGUUUCUCAGAUCCUGUCUAUGCAGAAGCAUAUGUUCAUGUCAACCAGUAUGAUAUUGUAUUGGAUGUGCUUGUAGUAAACCAGACCAGUGAUACUUUGCAGAACUGCACAUUAGAACUAGCCACACUAGGUGACUUGAAAUUAGUGGAGAAACCAUCUCCUUUGACGCUUGCUCCUCAUGAUUUUGCAAACAUUAAGGCUAAUGUCAAAGUAGCCUCAACAGAAAAUGGUAUCAUUUUUGGUAAUAUUGUGUAUGAUGUAUCUGGAGCAGCCAGUGACAGAAACUGUGUUGUCCUCAGUGAUAUUCAUAUUGACAUCAUGGAUUACAUUCAGCCUGCUUCUUGUACUGAUGCAGAGUUCCGCCAGAUGUGGGCAGAAUUUGAAUGGGAAAACAAAGUUACAGUUAAUACAAACAUCAUUGAUCUAAAUGAAUACUUACAGCACAUACUAAAAUCAACCAACAUGAAAUGCCUUACCCCAGAGAAGGCACUUUCUGGUUACUGUGGCUUUAUGGCUGCCAAUCUGUAUGCACGUUCCAUAUUUGGAGAAGAUGCACUUGCAAAUGUCAGCAUUGAAAAGCCAAUUCAUCUUGGACCAGAUGCUCCCGUCACUGGCCACAUACGAAUUCGUGCAAAGAGUCAGGUGUUUAGUCUGGUGCAACAAGGCAGAACUGGAGAUCCAAUCAGACACCAAGGGGCUGUCUCUAGUUAUACUGACACUCAGGAGAUGAAGGGAUGUUGUCCUGAGGUUGCUCCUGCGGCUGUAAUACAAACACUGCAAUGUUGCUGUCCGUCUUCUAUUUCAGGUAUUUCUAUAACACCUGUCACUAUAGUAUAUAAGAAUGGAGAUCAAAUAAGCUGAAGACCUUUUCAAAUUACUUCCCCACCACCACCCAAACACGCUUUCUACGUAAAGUCUGCAUGUUAUAUAUUCGCUAUCGUUUGCAAACUGUCUUUAUUACUGACCACACUGCUGCAAAGUACACACAGACAUCCUCAGAACCCCACCUUACUUACCACCGUAUGCAGGAGACUCACUAAGGAAGAAAAUAACAUGGUUUGAGUUUUGAAUAUAGUUAGUGUUGAGUUUGUUUUGGGGAUGGGUGUGUGUGUGUGUGGUGAUAGAAGGUGUUGUUCAGUUCUGGAAAGCCCAUUUCUAGAGGUGAAUAGCACAGCCCUCAAGACAAUUUGGUUUUGGGAUCUCUGCUGGAAGCAGUGAAGUUGAAGAAUAUUGGAUUUAUGAAUCUGACUUUCUCUCUUAUAAUAAUAACUGUACAUACCAGGUGUGACACUCUCCAUACAGCCCAGAACAGUAAGCCACGGUGUUACCCCACUGGCUCAGUAGUGCAAGCUCAUAGAAAGUCCGUCAUUUCAUUAAUAGAAAAUGAUAUGCACAAAUCUUGUUAUCCCAAAUAGAGAUUCCCAGACACUUCAAUCAAACAUACAUGCUGGUUCAGAUAAAACAAUAAAACAAGUUUAUUAACUACAGAAAGAAAGAUUUUUAGUGAUUACAAGUAACAAGACACAAUGGGCAGAAUUGGUUACAAAGAAAACAAAAGAUAAAACGCAAACUAAUAUCUACCUUAGCAAACUAAAUUAAUUAAAAGCAAAAUAUUUUCUCACCACAUGCUUUUUGCAGUAUUUACUGGCUGAAAGCCUGUCAGCCAUGACCCCUCCCCAGUUCAGUGUUUCUUCAGGCAUUGUUGCUGUCAUGAGCAGAGAGGAAUGGAAGAGAGAGAGUGUUUGUGUUGAGUAUCCUCUAUUCUUACACCUUUCUCUCCUCUUUGAGGAUUAUCUCCAGUGUGGAUACAGAUGACAGCCAGUCUGUCACACGGGAACCCCCAACUGUUCCAUUGCCAAAAUGUAAAUUUCUCCCUCACAUCCUUCUUCCUGUCAAAGAAUGACCAUUUACCCAGGUGAUAGUCUACUUGAUUAUGCUGACAUAUGGCUAGGGUGCUAACUAGCCUUUUGUCGCCAAGGAACUGGUUUGGGCUUCUUUUCUAACCUUGAAAUGUGUCACAGCAAUGUAAUACAGUAAAAUCUUAUACCUUUUCAUACAGUGUUGCGGACACACAUUUUACCAGGACAGUAAUGUUCAGUAGAUUAUCAGUUUUCAAAUUAUAUCUCACAAAGCAUACUUUGUACAAAAUGUAUCAUAGUCUUGUCAAAGUGGUGAUUAUAAGGGUACAGUCUGUCACACCUUUGUUUAAGGCAGGCUUGUUUGUCAACUCUCUCCACAACUUAUUUGAGGUGCCUAUUUCUCGCACACUUACAUAACUCUUUAUACACCACCCAUGCAUACAUCACACAAUGAUAUUCAUGACCAGCAUGUCACCAGUUUUCAUAAAAGACCUUACUCCAUACAUUUUUAUAGUACAAUAAUACUGUAUACAAUCAGUUGCUUAUUCUUGGGGUUCAGACCCACUAUUCCUCUUUUGGAGUGUCUGGACCCUGAUUGUCACACCAUGCAUAUAGCUUUAUUUGAAUGGGGAGAGACCUGAAUUAAUCAAGUAGCAUCAUCCAUUAAAGGAGGUGGUGCUUGGUUCUCCUGCCCCGAUCAGACCCUUAUAUCUAUAUAUACACACACACACACCCCCAAUCCUGUGUGGUGUCUGAAAGCAGUUUAAAGGAGCCCAUUUCUCCAGAUCCUUUGAAAACUUGUGAACAUUGAAAAACACUCUGCUCUCUCAGUCUCAAUCAAGCUAAUAACUUAAUGGAAGCAAUUUAUGUGCUCGAAGUGGAGGAUUCUGACAGAAGACAAAUGUUGUAAUUUACACUGCCAGACUCAUUCCAUGCCUGACCUCACACCAAUGGCAUUUUAAAAAUGCAGGUUCAUUAUUUUGUUCAGGUGGAUCAUUUGAAAUUACCAUUCUUCUCAAAGAGUUUAUCAAAUACUAACGGUGUUUUGCAAAAUAAAUGGCUUUGCCAUUUGCCAUCUAGCCCUUUGCUGAGAGAGGAGAUGAGUGACUGAGCUAUUCAUUAACUUCUGCCACUAGCAUUAGCUGUCGGACAAAAGUGCGUUUUCAAAAUCAUCUAAAGGAUCCAUGCUCCUUAUACCCCUUUGACUAUCAAAGCAAUCCUGAGCACUAUACAAAUCAAAGUCUUCUGUCUGUGAUAACCGCCAAAAUCCUUAUCUGUAAUAAGAAUUCAGUUUUUCUUUCAAAUAUAGGGAGUCCCCCUUUUCUUCCCCCCCACCCCCACCCCAGGGAAAUUGGAUGUUUCUGAUAGCGAAGAACCACAGUAGACAGCCAAGCACUCUGGAUAAUGUGAAUUUUUCCAUGUUUCUCAUGUACUAGCUAUGUUUAUUACAUGUCAUAUAUUUGAAUGUUUAUAUGAAUUAUCUUUUAACUUCCAGUGAUCACUCAUUCCCCCCCCCCCCCCCCACCCGCCACCAACAGUUUGCUCUCCAACGUGCUUUACAGGCAUUGAGCAAUACAGUUUCACAAUGGAAGCUCGGGUAUUGUACAUAUCCAUUUUUCAGAUGAGAAAACUGAGCAGGAGAGAGCAAUGGCUUGACUGUGCACAGUCUUGCAGCUUCACAAAAGAGUGAGGUGGAAAAGGACCUGCUCCUAGUCCUUAUGCCCCUGCAUAGGUGUGUUGUGUUGAAACCUACCCUUGGAUAGAUUUUCAGAUUGCCGCAAAUGGGUGAAAGCUGGCAGGUCAUGUUAACUUAAAAACAUUCUGUAAAACUGUUGGGAAGUUAGAUGGAGACUUCAGUGGUGCCUAGGCCUCGUGUUUCUCCUUUGCACAUGGUGAAUUUCAUGGAGAACUGGGGCUGAGUUUGACAGCAAUGGAAAUGGAGGCAUAAUUAAAUGUCUAGAUUAAAAUAACACAGACUGAUUCGGUGUCAUCAGAUUUCUGGUGAAGGUACAGUCUCACUAAAGCCAAAGACCACAUCCUCCUUAAGAUGAUUGGAAGUGUGUGUUUAAGGACCACUGGAAAUUUUGGUUUGACAUGGAUAGUUUUGAUGUGAUGUGGUUGCAGUCCCUUUUGGACAUCUCUGGGGGACACUUAGCUCUCUCUUUCUCUCUCUUUUUCCUGCUCCCUUUAUCUCAGUGACAAUCAGGUUCCAGACACCCCAAAAGGAGAACAGGAGGGUUGAACCCUGAAGAAUAAGCAGGUGAAUCAACUGACUGUAUGCAAUGUUAUUGUGCUAUAAAAUAAGUUGAGUACGGUCUUUUAUAAAAGCAUGUAAUGUUCUAAACGUAAUCAUUAUGAGAUGUAUACAGGCUAUGGUUAUAUGUAUUUGUGUGUAUAAAGAACUGGGCUUAUAAACUUAGGAUCCAACUCACAGCAGAACAGUGAGCAAUCAGACAGGGAGGGACACCUUCCAAGCCAGGUGUUUACAUGUAACUAGCUUCAAAUAACAACCCAUUGUCCAGCCCAGGAAAAGACCAGGAUGGGGCAUUAGAGUUAAUGGAAAGAUAUUGAGACAUCUGGGCUCUCAGUUAAGAGCAGGUUUCCACACCCUGAAUAAACAUGAGUCACCAUUGACUGAGAGAAAGAAAAGAAAAAAAGAGAGGGGGGGAAAAUGCCAUUUAAAAGCAGGCUUGUGUCUGAGGUUUUUCAUCCAGAAACUGAGGGACAGUCUAUAGGCAGGAAGCUGUCUGUGAAAUGCAGGAUCCCUCUAUAGCUUGGGGUAUGCUGGGCAAAUGUUCAAAGGCACUAGGUAACGCAUUAGAAAAGGGGUUUAUCUAAUAUGGAAAUGCAAAGCCUGUGCCAUUGUGUGUUUAUGUAUAUUUACUCUGUAACUUGUAUGUGUAUGCGCCUCCUCACUAUUUCAUUUUUGAAUCUGUGGUUUUUCUGUUAAAUAAACGUUUUGUUUGUUUUUA